AAGCUGCUGCUAGCUAGCCUAGCCGCGCUGCUGAGCAAUGACAUGCUUUGAUAUAGAAAUGCUAUUCCAACGGGGCACAGCGUCUCAUCGGCUAGGCUAGCUCGCUGGAGGUGGAAAAUUAACUGGCUGCUUGCUACGACUCUGGAUAUCAUUUGCGUUACAUCCACUUCCACUGUCUUGCCUGAGGUUUCUACACGUUUAAUAUCCCCCCCCCCCCCGAAGGAGAGAAGAAGAGGUGGCCAUCGGCAAUCGGGGUCAACAGAGACGUAUCAGAGCCCUUGAAGUUCUCAGCUUUGAUGCAGUACAGUGCACCUAGUGCAAGAUGACGGAAGAGGUGAUUGUCAUCGCCAAGUUCGACUACAUGGCCCAGCAGGACCAGGAGCUGGACAUCAAGAAAAACGAGCGCCUCUGGCUCCUAGACGACUCCAAGUCCUGGUGGAGGGUUCGAAAUGCCACCAACAAAACAGGCUUUGUGCCGUCCAACUAUGUGGAGAGGAAAAACAGUGCCAGGAAAGCUUCUAUUGUCAAGAAUCUCAAAGACACACUUGGAAUUGGGAAGGUGAAGAGCAGGAAGGGGGGAGUGAGAGACACAGCCUCCAACGCAGACACAGACAUGUGUACAGAUAACGGCGAGCGGCUGUAUGACCUCAACCUGCCUGCCCUGGUCAAGUUCAGCUAUUCAGCAGAGCGUGAGGACGAGCUGUCUCUGGUGAAAGGCACGCGGGUGGUGGUGAUGGAAAAGUGCAGCGACGGCUGGUGGCGUGGCAGCUACAACGGACGCUCUGGCUGGUUUCCGUCCAACUACGUGACGGAGGACAUGGAUGGGACGGCGGGGGGAGUUGGUAUGGGCGGGCUCGGAGACCCACCCGGAUCGCUAACGGAGAAGCUGGCGGCCGUGAUGAACAGCACCACGAACGGGAACCGAGUGCUGCACACGGUUCAGGCGCUGUACCCUUUCGGCUCGGGCAACGACGAGGAGCUAAACUUUGAGAAAGGCGAGGUGAUGGAGGUCGUGGAGAAGCCCGAGAACGACCCGGAGUGGUGGAAGUGUCGCAAAGCGGACGGACAGCUGGGCUUGGUGCCUAAAAACUACGUCACUGUGCUGGACUCCACCUCCCAUAAACCCACAGCAGGGCCUGCUGGGCCACCCACGCCUGACUGUGACUACAUCUCACCCUCAGGCAGCGGGCGGUUCGCGGGGAAGGAGUGGUACUACGGCAAGGUGACACGCCACCAGGCGGAGGUGGCCCUCAACCAGAGAGGCAUAGAGGGAGACUUCCUCAUCCGAGACAGCGAGUCAUCGCCAAACGACUUCUCCAUCUCCCUGAAGGCGCAGAGCAAGAACAAGCAUUUCAAAGUGCAGCUGAAGGAAAACCUUUACUGCAUUGGACAGCGCAAGUUCAACUCUAUGGAAGAGCUUGUUGAACACUACAAAAAGGCCCCCAUCUUCACCAGUGAGCAGGGAGACAAACUGUACCUGAUCAAGGCCCUGGCCGCCUCCUGAUCCCUCUCUGUCACACACACACACACACACACACACACACACACACACACACACACACCUCCACACAAACACACACACGCACCUGUACAUCGUUAACUGCAUCCAUAUAUAUAAGUAUACAUACAGAUACUUAAUGCCAGAACACACACUAACAUUUAAACUCCCAGCCUGAGGACUUAACACAUCAUCAGGACUUAAAUGCCCGAUUUGUGAGCAUUCCAAGAGGAGGUAUGGAAAAAGCAUGGGAGAGACACGGAGGAAUGGAAAGUGGGAGACAAAAAGACUAUGGACUCCUGAGAGUUGACUACAGACCUCUUGGUCGCCUAUUUUAAAUUAUCCAGAUGUGUUAGGUCAUAGGCAAUGCCAUGUAUUUCCACCUUGAUAUCUAUUAGAGUUGCAUUUAGUUUCUUUUUUUUUUUUUUUUUUUUUUUUUUUGUCGAUAAUAUAUAAUCCUUUUAACAGUUUCUUUUUAAAAUGUGAUGAUUUUUAACUGUGUCCAAUACACAACAACCACCCGUAUGAGGCAUUUUUCAGAUAUUAGCAAAUUCAGAGUCUUGCCUAUAGGUCUACAUUGCAACUCAUAUUUGUGUUGUCUGUCUUAAUUCGUUCUUUAAGGUUGUGGACUCACUAAUCCACAACUUCUGCUAACUGCUAAUCAAGAAUAAAAAUUAAGUGACCAAAAUAUAUUUAUUGAUACAAUUCUGUUAGGAUCAUGGUUGUAGAGAUCGGAAUAUCACACACGCAUUUGUCUUUCCUCUUCUUCUUGUGCAAGGUCAAACUAGUUGUUCAACUUUUUGUUUUGUACAACGGAACUGCUUGUCUCACAUAUUGCUGUAUCCAUAUCAUGUGAAUGUUACAAAGCCGAGGCAUCGCAGACUGGGGGGCCGAGAUCCCUUGACUUUGCAUGCAUGCACGCAAACAGAAUAGCGUCCUCACACCUUUUCACUGUAUCUCCCCAAAAGCGAGGUUGACAGUCUGCAUGAGUGAUUGGGGCGGGGGGCGGGAGUUUCAUCCAUGUGUCUAGAGUUCAUGUGAAGAGUCAAAAAGUAUUUUCGCCUCCUAGUCUGGAGACAUCCCCAGUGCAGAGCGGAACCCCUCCCCUCCCCUCCCCUGCUGGAGUGUGACUGACAGCUGAUGUGUCCUCCCAGUUUUGCCAAAGGGGACGUUUCUCUGGGGAUGAUGAGGAAGGAGGGCGGUGGGGUUAGGGAUGGGGUCCGGGGGGGGGGGUUGUACGCUGACAGCAGUGCGGCUUAGUUCUGUGGAGCUGGGAGGGGAAAACGGAGGAACAGUCCAGAGGAUGAUGUCACUGCUCCUGAAUUAGUGAUCACUGGAGGGAAUGGCGGAUUCAAGGGUCAACCAGGGGUCAUGUUUGUGAGGCUGCAGCGCAUAUACAUCAAGGAUUUUCAAGAAAACGGUUCCUUACAGCUAAGUUCUGGUAAAGGAAUGGUGACAUUUCCUAGGCCAAUGUUUGGGGAAUCCAGCUUGUUGUUUCCAAAUGUAUGGUCAGUGUCAAGUUAGAAUACAGUGCACCUAGCACAUGGUUUAUAUUUACAGUACAGGCCUCUCUAGUGAAUGGGUAUUUGUUGAGUGAAAAUGGACCAAGUAGUUUGAAUGUUUAAAGGGCAGCUAGCGCCAGCGCCUGCAAUCAAAGCUGCAGCAGCGCUGGCACGGGGCCGCUCCAGCAGUGGGCUCAGGGAGAUGAUGAUGAUCACGAUGCUUGCGAUGAUGAGUUCUCCAGCUGUGGCCAGUUGGACCCGAGCGCAGAGAGAGAGAGGGAGAGAGAGGGAGGGAGAGGGAUUUCAUAGAGGAGGAAUGGAAAAAUGGACCCUAAAAAACAAAAAAGUAAGGAUCCAGGGAGGAGAUUUGAGAAUCUGUUCCACUGAAUAAGAGUAUCUGGAUUACCGCUCCCAGCCAUACACGGGUGGGGAAAUGAACGGUGGCCAACGCUGAUGUAUCAUAGCAGAGAAUAAAAGAAUUUUUGGAUGGCAGUAUUUUGGGAGGGCUUUUCGGGUCGAGUCAAUCCAAGCAUGAAAAAGUCAGUUAUGCCACAAAGAGCAUAAGACAUGGGUGUGAACUUUUCCUCUCCAUUCCCCAGGUGAUUGACAGAGCUAUUCAUACAAGAGCCGUGUGGCAACUUGAGUGUGUUUUCUCUCUGGUUUGGAGCUGUAAACGAUUAAUUAUAAACAGUGAAAAGAUUAGCUUUCCAUUCAAAAUGGCACGUUCUUAAUUAUACACCUACAGCGGCAUUUGAGAUCUUAAUUUAAGCGGGAUUAAAUUUUAUUAAACAGUACAAAAACAUUCCAAGAUUAAAAAGCUCCAGUCAGUUGUUGGAUACCUACAGAUUUAAUGACUACAUGGUUCAAAAUGUAAAUCACAGGAAUGUUUAUCAGCAUGGCUUGAGUGAUUUAAAAAAAAAAAAAAAUUUUUGGUCCCAAGCUUUAUGUUAAAGUAACCUGUAUCCAUUAUUUCAAGUCAUGUAGGACAUUUGUGCCUGUAUUCCCUUCAUUUUCAGUUAUCCCCCCUUUUUGGUUUCUGUGUUAUCAGUCCCCGGAUAAGUAUUUGGCUUACAGGAAUCCUGUCAUUUAUUGCACCCGAUCCCUGGCUGUUGUAUCCGUGCCAUUUUUGUCUGACACUUUAUGUGAGAUAGUGUUUGCCUACAGUAGUAAUCAACUGCUAUCAGCAACCCACUUAGUUUUUUUUUUGUUUUUUUUUUUUGUGAAAUUUCCUCCCCGGCUUCCAGUUCUACAGCAUCUGCGAUAUUGCGCAGCGUUAAAGUGACAAACGCCAACGUAACGUGCCCCAGUUUGAAGGAUUUAGGAGGAGAUUUUAAUGUGCCUUCACAGCUUUCUGUCAACCAAAGGUUUAGUGUCCCUUUUUUUUGUUUAUUUUUAGGUCUUUAUCUUGUUCUUCCCACUUCUCUUGUCACUGCUGUGUAAUAUGUGGUUAAAGCUUUGCAUGUGCGUCAGUCUGGUCAGUAAGCAAAGUCUGAAAACACCCUUGCAUAGAAAGGGUAUUUCCUCAUUGUGGGGUGACUUUGUUGGUUGAAAGUGUCUAACUUUUUUUUUUUUUUUUUUUCGUCAUGCAUAAAAUGCCCGUUAGGUGAUCUUGUGUGUAGUUUCAAGUGACCUUACCUUUGCUGAUUUCAUCAAGUAUAACUUCUUUAUUGAACAGUGAAUGCCUACAUGUACAGUAUAAGAUAUGUGCUGAUGUUCAUUCAGAAACAUAACCCCAGGUGUGAUGUAAUCAUGACCUGAAUCUCAUGUAUGAGCACCUCAAGUAACGGUAUCACAUAUUGUUGGUUGUGAAGAAACUGUCAUGGUUUCCAAGGAAAUAGUUUUUUAUGUCUGUAUGCAUUUCAUAUAAGACUAGUGUAAAGACAUUCACUUUUGCAGUUUAGCCACUUAAAUAUGUAAAAAAAAAAAAAUCCUCAAUACUUAAAUGUUUUACUUGAUAUUCAAAUACAGAACUACAGUAUCUCCCUACAUAGAUAUUGUUAUGAACUGGGAUCUUUUUUUUCAUUUGACACCAACAGAGGCCGCAUGAGCAGAGCCUUGUAGCUGUACAGAAAUGAUUUUAAACCUGCUUAAAAAGACAUUGAAGUCAGUUGUGACAGAUAUUAUCAAGAGAUUGUUCAUCAAACUAUUUUUUUUCCUGAUCGAAAACUACAAUGCAGCUGGAACUCUUCGCUUCUUGACUGCUCAACAAGCCUGAGAUAAUCUUGAAUUUUUAAGAUUGAUUUCUUGAUAAUAUUGCAAGCAAAUGACCCCCGUGUUAAACUUUGGUGCUUUUGUGCUGCUUACAUUUCUAUGGUGUUCCUUGUCUCACAAAGCUUUUUUUCUGUAUGAGAGAGAGAGAGAGAGAGAGAGAGAGUGAAGAAAACAGAUACAUGCUGUGGAAUGAUGAAAAGGCAGUGCUGUGAAAUUUAUUGUCAUGCUCUUAAUACUGUUUUUAUGGAGGGGAGAUCGUCUUCAGGUGUAAUAAUUUAGAAGAGUUUAUUAGAGUGUUCAAAAGACGUAAUAAACGAUACAAAAAGUAA